AAACUACUUUUAAAUUCAGACGAAUUACCACAAUUGCAGACCACAAUUCUUGCGCCUCAUAAAAAUGUGUGCACAUUUUUUAACACCUCUUCACUUUUCAAGGAUAAAAAAUGACAAGUGGGGACCUGAACACCACCUGACACUGGUUCCCGGUAAAUCCUAUGACCAAUUGACUUAAUAUACACUUUUGACGAUUACGAACUAUGUACUUAUUCUGUACAAUUCAAACAGCUGAAAAAAUUUACGACUAUUACUGUAAAUGUACAUAUUAUGUUUCGCCAAGGUCGCAAAUGAGUCCACACUCUUACUCAUUAUCAGUUCUGGUCAUGAAGCAGUUUUGUAUCGAAGCGAAAAAAUUGUACCAAAGAGACCCCAAAAUAAAGCGCGAAGAUGUGAAAAUUUUGCAGCAGUGGUUGAAAAAACAGCCGCAUUUACCACAACUAGAAGAAUCGCAAAUCAUCAUCUUCCUCCACAGCUGCUACUACAGCAUCCAAGCAACCAAAAAAACCAUUGAUUACUACUUUACUGCAAGAACGCUGCAUCCAGAGCUGUUCCACUACCCCACCGAUGACGUCAUCAAACGAGCUUGCUCUAUAGGUUUUAAGAAUUUUCUUCCGAAGAAAACCCCUGAAGGUUAUACAGUUUUCUUUUCUGGUUUACUCGAUUAUAGUACCGACAACUACAACUACAAUAAUGAGGUACUCUUAACGAAUUUGCUGCACUCGUUACGUAUACACCAACAUGGGUUCUCGGAUGGGCUGAUUGUAGUGAGUGACUGUCAGGGGGGUACUUUGGGGCACUUGGCUAGGGUGAAUUUCGCCUCGCAGAAAUGCAUGCUUGACUUUAUGCAGGAAGGUACUCCGCUUAGAUUGAAAGGGUUCCACAUGAUCAACGCUGUCCCUUUCUUGGAUAAAGUAAUGGCCAUGAUUAAACCACUGAUAAGCGCUGAGUUAUUUAAAAUGAUACACAUUCAUCCAACUCUUGACAGUCUGUACGAAUACGUCCCGAAGGAAUGUUUGCCCGAGGAUUACGGAGGAGAACUUCCUUCGCGACUAAUGUUGCAAAAAGAAAUGGAGAAAACCGUUUUCGACAACGUGGAUUUUUUCAAAUGGCACGAUUCCCAAAUUGUCGAUGAAUCGAAAAGAAUCGAAAAAUCGAAAAUUGUGCACAUGGCGUCUGGACUCGAGGGAACUUUCAAGAAGCUUGAAAUUGAUUUCUCAAGGCAAAAUUUCAGCCUCUUUAAUAAAUUUAACUUUGAAGUCAUACAGUGUUCGACAAUGAGUGAAUUAUGCAUUGCUCCGGCACAGUUGUACGGAAGAGACAACAAACUAAAACGUGAGGAUGUAAAAAUGUUACAAAAAUGGCUACAAAAGCAGCCACAUUUGCCGCAACUGUUAGAGUCGCAAGUGAUCAUUAUCCUCCACAGCUGCUACUACAGCAUUGAGGCAGCCAAAACCGCCAUCGACAAGUAUUUCACCAGAAAAACCCUCUACCCACACAUCUUCCAUUGCCCUAGUGAAGACACACUAAGAAACACCGCUUCGCUUGUAAUGAGCAAAGUCCUUCCUAAGAAAACCCCCGAAGGAAAUACAGUUUUUCUAACACGAAUGCUCGACUACAAAGUCGAAAACUACAACUUCCUCAACCUAAUCGUCGUGGUGAACUGUGUGCUGACAGCACAUCUUCAUCGUCAUGGGUUCGUCGACGGACUCGUCGCCGUGUUGGAUUUCAAAGGAGGCAGUCUGGGGCAUGUAGCUCGAGUGAAUCUGCCUGUUUUGAAGCAGAGUAUUCUACACUUGCAGGAAGGUUCAGCUGUCAGAGUCAAGCAAAUGCAUAUCGUCAAUGUGCCUUCCUUCAUCGACAAAGUCUUGGCUUUGUUGAAACCGUUGAUGAAUGCUAAGCUUUUUGAAAUGUUCCAGCUUCAUCCUUCUAUUGAAACUUUGUAUAAGUAUGUACCUAAAGAGUGUCUGCCGGAGGAUUAUGGUGGGGAACUGCCGUCGUGCAAAUCGAUGACAGGGGAAACGAUCGAGGAACUUCUGGAAAACAUAGACCUCCUAAGAUGGCACGAUUCCCAGAGGGUCGACGAAACGAAGAGAGUAGGAGGAACGAGUAGUUUAAAGUCUGGUUUUGGGAUGGAAGGAAGUUUCAAGAAACUAGAAAUCGAUUAACAAUUACGUAAUAAAUUAGUAAAGACACUAGCGUGUGGGAGCUGUUAUUGUUAAUACAUUAAUUAUAAAUUAUGUAAAGAAUGUCUUUAAAUAAAUAUAACACAAAACGA